AUGUACCCCCGGCGGAAGGUCUUCCACAAGCGGGGACAGGAGCUUUCCAGGGGCAUCAGGCAGCGCAGGCUCCCGCGCCAGUGCUUCCAGGGAAGCAAGACCAUUCUGGCGCAACACAAGGUUGCCACAGUCUUUUGUGGCGUGGUUUGGGGUUGGCUGCACUAUUGUUUCGCGGCUUUCCACGACCAGGCGUCCUGCUUAGCCUUUGCGCAGCCAUUGUGGUUGCUGCCCCAGAUGGGGCUGCCCCAGAACGCAGCCGCUCUAGAUCAGCUGACCCUGCGCCUGCUCAGUUGUGUUCCCUGCGAGACGACGCUCAGGGCCGUCCUCUCGGCUCCACCGGACACCUGCGUCAUGCACACCGGUUGGAGCAUUUCCCUGGGUCCCCUGCCGCUGCGGCCGUGGCCGAUGAUGACAGAGCCCGCACGACGGUUCCGGGCCCUACAGGCGUUGAUGGCGUGGUCCGCUCUGCUUCGAGUCGCGACAUCCUGCAGCUGCAACAUGCCCUGCUACAUGGGUGUCCCGGGGUUGAAGUUGCUACGGCAGUUGAUCUUGACCACCUUCGGGUGCCGAUUCGGAUUCAUAGCCCCUUCUCCCCUGGCUCACCUGCCCCGCUCCAGCUGCCACCGGUGGGUAAUGGCUGCUUUCCACCAUGGCGCUUUCUCCAAGAUUACGCCCGCCUGCAUGGGUGGACGCGCCUGCGUCCUGCCCAACCACAGCCAGACACAUGCGCACUCCACUUCCUCCCGGCUGCUGUGGACCCUUUACGUUCGAACGUCCUGUUGA